AUGCGCAUAUCUUCGCCCCCAUUCAGGGCGAUCCGGAAUACCCUAGCAAUAUGGCCGAGAAAGAUACUUCCAGCACCCCUCUCGAGCCGACAUCAUUCCCAUCAACAUCACUCCCAACCUCCUCUGUCUAACAUCAUCGGAAACCCACAAGAUUUCUUCCGAUAUACCAGUGGACGAUGGCUCUGGGACGAAAAGCAACAGCUCCAAGAAAGAUACCGUGAAUUCAACAUCCUUGAACUGCAGAAGAUUGCCAUACAAGCAUCAUCUUCUGAAUCAUGUCUCAGCAUAGCAAAAAUAGGGGAAGGGUCAUAUAAUAAGUCUUUCAAGCUCAUCAUGGACAAUGGGAAGACGGUUGUCGCUCGGAUACCAAAUCCGAAUGCUGGACCGGCAUAUUUGACGACUGCUUCUGAGGUUGCUACGAUGGAUUUUUUGAGGACCAUACUUCACAUUCCGGUUCCCGAAGUCCUCGCGUGGAACUCGGCUGUUAAUUCUACGAACAGUAUAGGGGCCGAGUAUAUCGUCAUGGAACAUGCGCCGGGAAGCAACCUUGCAGAUGCUUGGACGGAUAUGGACCUUGAGCAUAAGGUCCAGACGAUGGAGGAUAUAAUGAGCAUCCAACAGAAGCUGCUAUCAUUAAGGUUUUCUGCAUACGGUUGUAUUUUCUAUAAGACAGACGCGCCCCCUGGAUCUCAACCUGCAAUUGUCGUUGGAGACAACUAUCCACCUGAAGUCGGGCAGAAUAUCUCCGAGAACAAUGGACGAGAAAGUAUGGAUAUCGAUCGCGGACCAUGGACUUCCGCACUCGCCUACAUACAAGCCCUCGCCAAUCGAGAAGCGUCCUGGAUUGCUAAACACGCUAAAUCUCGCUCCCAAAACGAUCCUUUAUUCACCUCCAUUAGUCAAAACAAUCCUGCCGAACACCUUUCCCUUCUUCAGAAGUACCUAACCCUCUCUCCCAAUCUAAUCCCACACGACAACGACAUCACAGGGUCAUUCCUAUGGCACACCGACCUCCGCACCCCCAACAUCUUCGUCGACGACACCGGCCACAUCACCAGUAUAAUCGACUGGCAAAGCACCUGGACAGGCCCUUUAUUCCUCGAAGGCCGUCACCCGCAUUUUCUUGACUACAACGGAGAGAUAAUCCUCAAACCACCUAAGAACUUCAAGCACCUGGAUGAAGAUACCCAACGGGACCUCCGAGACCAGAUCUCCAAAUCAAUUCUCCUAUACCUCUACGAGAAAAACACCUCGAAGAAGAACCCACUCCUCGACAAAGUCCUCCGAUACCCAAAUUGCAAGAUAUUAACCCAUCCGAUCCACUUCGUGGGAAACACAUGGGAUGGAGAUAUCUUACCACUACGGGAAUCAUUAAUUCAGAUCCAGGAAGACUGGACUUCCUUAAAACACACCACAAAAGAAUGCCCCAUCACCUUCACCCCCUCUGAAAUCCACCAACACCAUCAAGACAGCGAAGGAUGGAACGAAGUUCAGGAUUUCUGGGACGCAAUGUCCGGCAUCCUCAGUAGGGACGGCUGGACCUCGCACGAGACAUACGAUCAGGCGGUCUCUAUCUAUUCUCCACUACAGGCUAUUGAAAGGGGAUCUUCUUCUUCCCAACCAAUAAAUAAACCAAUAUAA